UCACAUGAGGCAGCAGAAGCCAUAAAUCAAUCAUUCAAAAUCAUAAACCGCUUUUUCCUGCACGACAUCACUACUACACUUUCACUCUCUGAUUGGCUUCUCUUUUAAAGCAGUGCUCAUAAACCAGAACAGCCAUGUCUGAGGGACCGAAAAAGACAAAGUACUCAGCGACCCGCAGGUUACUGCUGAAGCAAAAACUACUGAAGAAAGCUGGGGUCUUGCUGGUCCAGGAGCAAAGCAACAAGGUGACAGAGAGGGAGAGCACCUUGAAUGAGAGAGUACCACCGCUGAAACUCUCCGGCCUAUCUGUGCAGGAGCUUCAGGAGAUCUGUAAGGAACUGCACAGGAAAUGUGACACAGUGGAUGAGGCACGAUACGAUAUCGAAGCAAAAGUGCUCAAGAAUGAGAAAGAGCUCGCGGACCUGAAUGCAAAGAUCAACGAGCUGAAGGGGGGAAAGCGACCUAACCUCAAGAGGGUCAAGAAGUCUGCCGACGCUAUGCUGGGGGCUCUGACUGAAGCCAAACUCAGCUCCAAGGCAGACUUCAAGUCCAACCUGAAGACAGUCAAGAAGGACAAGAAGGAAGAGGAGAAAGCGGACCCGGGUGACUGGCGUAAGAAUGUGGAGUCCAUGUCUGGAAUGGAGGGCAGGAAGAAGCUUUUCAAUAGCUAAAACAGUUGAAAUACACUGGCUCUGUGGAGAUAUGUGGCUGCAUUACCUGUUUGUUUACUAAUUCAAAUUUAGGAUUUUCAUGAAAAUAUAUUUUUGCAGUGAGAUUGUGUGUUUUGGAGGAUAGUAUGAAGUGAGGUAUUUUACACUAAAGACUGUGAGAAAUAUAAAGACCGUGGGAACUAAUCAAUAUUUUUAUUAAAAACGAUUUAGUGUGGGCUACUUUAGAUAAUAAUUUUUUGAUUUCAUGUUUGAUUUAGAUUCCUAUAAAAAGAAGAUAGUACAAUGUGGAACAACCUAAUAUACUCAUCAUAUUAGUUCACUUUGUAAAUAUUCAAUUCCAGUUUGUUAUUAAAACACCAAUUAUUCUGUUUUGAAUUAA